GUGUUGCAACGCGGUAUUAGAAGAAAUGCUAACGUUGGUAUAUAAGAGAACCGUUUGGGUACGUAAUCAUCCCACACAUCAACUGUUCUCUGAAGAAGACAGCCGCAGAAAAAAAAAACAAAAUGAAAUUGUUUGUAGUUCUUGCUCUGGUCGCCGCCGCGUGCGCUGCUCCCCAGAACCCACAGGACGUUCAGAUUGUGCGAUAUGACGUCAACAACGCCGGACUCGAUUCCUACAGCUUCGCGUGGGAACUGUCAGAUGGAUCGAAGCACGAAGAACAAGGCCAGCUGAAGAACCAGGGCACAGAAAAUGAGGCCAUUGCCGUGCAAGGGCAGUACGCGUGGGUGGGCCCUGACGGUGUCACCUACACUGUGACUUACCUCGCUGACGAAAAUGGAUUCCAGCCUCAGAUCCAACAGGGUCCAGGGGGAGCUAUCCCAUCUGCAGUCGUCGCUUCUCUCUUAGGUUAAAAUCACCAACGUAGUUUGGGAGUCUGUAAAUACUCUUGAGGAUGUAUAUAAUAUUUAUAUGCUGAAUCAUCAUUAUUUUAAGUUUAGCUAUUAUGUAAUAAAUGAACUGAUUUAUAA